CAAUAAUAGGAAGGGGAUUUUCUUUACCAAAACACUGAGAAUCCGCGAACCGCCAGAUGUAUAAAUAAAUCAUAAAAUGAAAAGGUUCGAAGGAUUCAGAUUGUCCUUGCCAGGUUGUCAUUGUCGUGAUUUCAUUGACGCAUUCGUAAACUUCAAUGAAUGGGUUGCCAUGGUAUCAAACACAACAGUCACACAGGGAACUCCAGGCCUUUUCACUUGAGUAUUUUUCACCCAACUUCCCACGCGUGAAAAAGUUACUAUCCUUCUGGGAAUAGUGCGUAGUGUGUUUUGUGUGUAAAACCCGAAUGCGUGAAAAUGGGCAUCUUCGACAAAUUGGCGGGAAUGUUUCGGGUGCGGAAGGAAGAAGUGAAUAUCCUGGUUGUGGGACUCAAUAACAGUGGCAAAUCCACCAUUGUCAAUCACUUUAAGCAUCCAGAAGAGAAAUCCACCGUGACAGUUCCCACAGUUGGCUUCAGCGUUGAGAAAUUUCAGAAUCAGGGAGUCUCCUUUACGGCAUUUGAUAUGUCUGGUGCUGGAAGGUACAGAAGUCUCUGGGAGCACCAUUUCAAGUCGUGCCAUGCAAUUGUCUUUGUGAUUGAUUCCAGUGACAGGAUGAGAUUGGUUGUGGUGAAGGAUGAACUGGACAUUUUAACUCAUCAUCCGGACAUAGCACAUCGCAAAAUUCCCAUCCUUUUCUUCGCCAAUAAAAUGGACUGCCCUGAUGCUCUAUCCAGCGUUAAAAUAGCGGCUGCCUUGGGAUUGGAGAAGAUCAGGGACAAACCAUGGCAUAUCAGUUCCAGCAACGCUCUAACGGGCGAGGGGUUGCAGGAUGGUGUCCAAUGGCUUGUAGGCGAAAUCCGAGAUGGUAUAUCCAGCAGAAGAGCGAGCCAGAAGGCUACUCGCUAAACAUUUUUACCAAUUUCCUCAAAAAAUCAUUAUUUAUUUACAUGCAAUUCCUACGCUUAAAUUUAAAUGCGAUUUAAAAAUAAAUCUAUUUUGAAAAUCAUAAAAA